UAGACACAUAAACGCUUAGAGGUGCGGUUUGGCUUCGGGGGAAAAGGUGGAGGGUUGCGUUGGCGGCGGAGACCGGCUUCUCAUCUCAAAUGCCGGUUUAGUGGAAGAGAAUGAGAGUUUCUCACCACAAGCCCGAAUCGAAGCAGCGGUAACCGUGACCGUGUAUCCCAAACCCUGGCUUGGAGGCCAGGACUUCCGGAUCCCUUACGCCAAGUACAGUUAUUGCAAGAUAAAGAAUUAUGGAAGUACUACGGCCAGUACUGAUAAGAAUUGAUGGGCGUGUUUAUAGGAAAAAUUUUAUUCAAGAGCAAGCUUACCAACAGGAAGAAGAGGAAGAUUUUAAUACAGGUCUUGGAGAUGAUUCAGACGAACCCUGUGAUGCAUUUGUAGUAGAAGAGACAGAAAGAGGAUAUCAAUGUGCUAUGGCCAUUCCUAGUCCACUAUAUAAGUAUAUAAUAGGAAAGAAAGGAGAAACUAGGAAAAAACUGGAGACAGAAACACGCACCUCCAUCAGUAUUCCCAAGCCAGGGGUAGAAGGAGAAAUUGUGAUCACAGGGCAACAUCGGAGUGGUGUUAUUUCAGCACGGACACGAAUUGAUGUUCUCGUUGAAAGCUUCCGUAAAAAACAGCCCUUCACACAUUUUCUGUCAUUUGCACUCAACCAGCCUGCAAUUCAAAAGAAGUUUUUACAAUUCAAAGAGGAAGUGUUGGAGAAAUGUUCCCAUGACUGUGGAGUCAGCAGUAGCCUAUUCCAGAACCCAGCAAAACUCCAUCUGACUAUUGGGACACUGGUACUUCUGAAUGAACAAGAAAUCCAUAAAGCCCAGGAACUCCUGCAGAAGUGUAGAGAAGACCUUGUCAACACAAUUACUGAAGGCAAACCGCUAACUGUGGAAAUAAGAGGUAUAGAGUACAUGAACGAUGACCCAGCCAUGAUUGAUGUUCUAUAUGCAAAAGUCCACAUGAAAGAUGGCUCCAACAGGCUUCAGCUCAUAGCAGAUAGGCUGGUGGAUCAGUUUGUGACCUCUGGACUGAUGAGGAAAGAAUGGGAUAGAGUGAAGCUCCAUGCCACUGUUAUGAACACGGUCUUUCGGAGUGAUCCUAGUGCUGAAGAACCAAAUAACCGGGCCAUGGGCAAACCAUUCAAAGAAAGGGAAUCAUUUGAUGGCCGAACAAUUUUGAAGCUCUUCGAGAACUUCGAAUUUGGAGAAGUGCAGCUGAAUUCUGUCUGUCUCUCACAGCGAUUCUCCACUGACCACUCCGGUUACUACGCCUCGUCUGGGCAGCUCAAUUUCUCCUGAAUUGCAGACCCAUCUGCCCCAAUAGAUUGCACAUAAUGAGAUCCAGGAGUGUCUAGCACAGAAGGCCAUAAUGUGCCCUGCUAUUAGAUCAGGGGUCGCUCUGUCCUCCCCAAUCAACCUUAGAACUUUGCCAAUAUCUGCACAAAACCUCCUGACCUAAGCUGAAUGAAAGAAAAUAGCUAUGCAAUCAAAUAAGUUACUUUGAUUGGCAGGUGUUUUGUUGGGGGAAAAAACAGCUGGAAAUAAAGGCGUAAUGGUACCUGCAUUUGGAAAGCUGUAAAUGUACAGAAAUUACCCAUUAAUUAU